CAUAAAAUAGUUCGUCUUUUGGCCACCACGUUUAUUUUGGACUGUGUAACGAAUUUAUUUUUAUGUUAAUGAAAAAUAAACAUCUUGGCCGUUAACCGCUCGCAUGGUAUAAUUCACGCGUGACGAAAGUAUAGUUUAUUAAAUUUUUUGAUAUAUUGACACAAUGAAUACUGACAUGGAUUCAUCGAAUGCGGAUGAAUAUUACGUGACUGCGCUUCAAAUUUUUGACUACUGCGGUGCAGAAAGCUCGGGGACGUUACGGGUUGACGCUCUGAUGGAUAAGUUUGCCCCAUUCAUCAAAACUAACAAAGCUGAAUACAGCUACUUGAAGUCCUUGUUGGAUCCUGGCCAGAACAACCCUGAAGUGAAUGUGAUAAUCCUGGCAAAAGCUUUGCACAAGUACAGCGAGAGUCAGAAGUGUAAAGUUGAUCUUGAUGAGAGCUUCAAUUUGAGGUGUGGGCAAGCUCCGCAUGAUUCAGACUCAGGGAUAUCAUCUGAUGGCUUCCAACUGCUGGAAGAUUUACAAAGCGAGCUGCGUGAGAAGGCACACUUGGCCCACCAGCUCCGCAACCAGCUGGACUUCACGGACCGCCAGCACGAGGAGGUGCUGGCUACGCUCACAGCUGAGCGGGACUCGCUGCGGGGACAUUUGAACAUGUUACGCGAAGAGAACAUAACUCUGAGCCACGUGCGCCGCGACUAUGAAGAGGCCUGCGACCGCCUGCUGGCCAGCGAGCGGGCGCUGGACGACGCGCGCCGGGAGCUGGAGGGCUCCCGCAGGAGGAGCAAGCUGCUGGCCGAGCAGCGAGCCGCGCUGGAGAGCGAGAAGCUGACCCUGCAAGAGUUGCUGACCAAGUCCAAGGACGAGUGCCACCGCAUCAACGAGAUGUAUGCCUCGCGGCAGUCGGCGUUGCUGGAGCAGAACGAAUCGCUUCGGGCCGAGCGCGCCGAGUUGGCCGCUCGUCUGCACGACCAAGAAGAGGUCAUGCAGCAGCUCAUCAAGGAGAAGGUCCUGCUGGAAAUGGAGCUGAAAGAUACAGUGAAUAAGGCCAACCAGACUCCGCUGCGUUUCGACCGCUCCAUCGACGUCAGCUACUGCGAGGACCACGCGCUCGCCGCGCUCGACAGCCUCACCGCCGAUAGCCGCUUCUCGCCUGAAAACCGCCUGUUAGACGAAGAGUCGUUCAUGAAUGCCCUAAAAGAAGACCAAGGGCGGGGCACCAACAUGUCGCUGUUUGACGAGAUCCGUCUCAGCUUCAACAACACUUCUCGAUAUAGCUUCACAGGCAACCAUCACGAUGACAGAUGCCUGAACCCUUUCGAAACCUCCAUGACAACAGUCGAGACCCAAACAGAUACAGAAGUUGACAAAAUCACAGAAUUAAUCAACUCUGAAACGCAAACUGAGGAUUUAGGACAUAUUUGCAUCCCGUAUCAUAACAUUCAAACGCAAACUGACGACAUCUUCAAUAACAACAAUAGUAUAGAAUGUAUAAACUGCUCGAACUGUCUUGAAUGCGAGAAAAUGAAGCUUAAUAUAGAUAAAUUAGAGAGCGACGUGAGGCGUUCGCAGCUUGUCGUAAAAGAAACGGAAAGCGAGCUGUCUCGUUACGAAGAUAACUUAAGUCUUCUACAGAAGCUAGUAAACGAUAGUAACGGGAGGAAUAGCUUCCUCCAAGCUGCUGUGGAUAGCUUGCAAGCUAAGAUCAGGCUGUUAGAAGCUGCUUGCGCUAGCCAGAAGGAGAUUUUAGAAGGCUUCGAGCGCGAUAUGUGCUGUGCGCAGUGCCAGACUGAUGGCGACAUAUCUUCAGUGGGGACACAGGUGGAGGUGCCGUGCGCGGACUGCGAGAAAAGGAAAGUGAUCGCACCGCACCGCAGUUUGAGGAAAUAUUUCUGGGACGCACUCAAGGUCAUGUUCCAAGUUUUCGCGGUGGUCUGCUUUGCGUGCGCGGUCUGCGUUCUGUACGCCUUCGCGAGACCGCGCGCCGCCUGCCGCGAUCCUGUACCGUGGCGCUGGCUGCAGCCACAAGACAUCAUGGACCUGUUCCUGAGGAUCGAGUACGUUGCCGAUGUGCCUAUGUGAGCAAUAAUAACAGUUUUGCUGUAGAAAUAAGGUCCUUUUCAGAUUCAUCAAUAUAACAGUCCACUGCUGGACAUAGGAAAGUGGCCAAAUAUGUGUCUUGCGUGUUAAUGCACAGGGAGUUCUUUUACAGGUGGCAAUUAUGAGCAUACAGGUGUCAUAACAACAAUAGAUGUACACGCAUGUAUGGUGUUAUUACAUCGGCGUGCUCAUAAUUUUGCCUUUUGGCAAAUUGUUUUUCGACUUAAAAACGAGGCAAUAAGAUUUAUAAAGGGAUGAUGUCAUCCUGAUGAGGACCUUUUUCUAGUAUUAUUUUCAAGAUUUAAGCCAGAAAUAGAUAAACUGUGUUGUUACGUAGACGUCUACGACUACGGUAAUCCAUCUCAUAUACCAAUGUUACGCAUACGUGCACGUGCAUGUAUACGUAACGAUGGAUUACCGAUGUUUCAUUCGGCCGGUAGUGUAAGUCAAUUUGGACCUUAUCAAGUUUCCAAUAAGGACUGAAAUAAUAGCAGUACUCUUGCUCAAUGUAGCUAACUAAUACUACAAAUUUGCAGCAUUUAAACCGCCUGGUGUAAAAGUGGUGAAAUAAUUAUGUUCUUCAAGAUUAACAUUGUUCCCUGGCACAAAAUGCAGCUAUUUAUCACAAAAAGUCAAUUCAAAACUAAAUUUUUUGUGCGUUUUGAAACUUUCAAUAUUGGCCUUAGAUUUUAUGAAUCUGUGACAAUUUUAUUUCUGUCGCUGUGCUUUGAAUGACGUAUCACAUUCAAAAACUAUAAAAUAAUAAAACUGAAAAAAAUUAAACCAGUACAUUUUAGAAACUUGAUAUCAGAACUAACCAAUAGGCGUCACAAAUUAAAAUGAAAUUUUGUCUGCAAUAUUUGUUCACCGAUGGAAAAUACGCCAAUGCAGUGCCUUGUCUGCCAAUCAAAAUCAAAAUCAAAAAUAUUUAUUCAGUUUAGAGUCUAAAGUUUAGACCACAAGUGGCACUUA